UUCGUGUCGUAUCUAGAAUGUAGGGCUUUUGAAGGUAUGCUUAGCAUUCCCGACACGAUCGCCUCGCUCAAAGCUUGCGGCGGCGCCAGCGACCUCCAGUCCGCCAGGAAGAUCCACGCCACUGCGGCGCACCAAGGCAAUGCUCUCAACGUUUUCGUGGCCAACGCCAUCGUUUCCACUUACGCCAGGUGUGGCGGCAUUGAAGACGCCCGCCGUUUCUUCUUCCAGGGAAUGCUGGCCGCCGGAGCUCUGGACAGUGUCUCGUGGAAUUCGCUCGUCGCGGGGUAUGCGCACGCUGGGAAGGGGGAGGUCGGGCUCCAGGUAUUCUCGGCAAUGCAAGAUCUCGGCUUCGUUCCAAAUCCCCGGACUCUCGUGGCCGUGCUCAAGUGCUGUGCGGACUGCGCGGACAAGGAGAAAGAUCACGAGAGAGACUCUAGAAGAUCGAGCUCGAAGAAACAUGGAGAAUCCACGAUGGUCGAUUCUUUGGAGAUUGCCAGAAGCGUGGAAGCUUUGGCCGUGAAGCUGGGAUUUGAGUCGGAUAUCUACGUCGCGAACACGCUCAUCGAUACUUUCGUCAAGUCCGGGAGCUUGGACGAUGCUCGGCGGGUGUUUGAGAGGAUGAAACACCGCAGCGUCGUCUCCUGGACAAGCUUGAUGAUGGGAUACGCACAGAUUGGACGAGGAGAGGUCGCGCUGGAGCUCCUUCUUCGGAUGGAUUCCAGUGGCUGCAAGCCAAACGCGAGAACUUACGUCGCCACCUUGAAAGCUUGCACCAACAUGGCCACCAGGGAAGAACCAAAGAUGAAAAGUUUGGAGACGGGGAUGGCUCUUCACUCCCGGCUGGCGAGAUCUGGCUAUGACGCAGAGAUUUUCGUGGCGAGCACGCUGGUGGAUUUCUACGCAAAGUGUGGGAGCAUCCAAGACGCGGAGCGGGCGUUUUGGAGAGCGCAGUGCCGCGACCUGGUGCUGUGGAACGCGAUGGUGAUGGCUUGCGCGCUGUGUGGACGAGGAGACCUUGCCUUGGAGUUCUUCCGGAGCAUGCAAGAGGUAGAAAAAUUCACUCCAAACGCGAGAAGUUUUGUCUCCGCCUUGACGGCUUGUUGUGACUGUGCAGCCAAGGAAGCUGGUCAGCGUCUCGCUUCCUCGAGCUCGAUGAAGGGUGGACGGCUUUUCAAGCUCAAGUCUCUGGAGAGAGGCAUGGCUCUUCACUCGGAGCUUGCAAAUGGUGGCUACGAGAUGGAUGUUUUCGUGGCCAACACUCUGGUCGACUUCUACGCCAAGUGUGGAACCAUGGACGACGCGCAGCGGGUCUUCAACCGGCUAGAGAAGAGGUGGAGCGUCGUGUCAUGGACAGCUCUCAUCCUUGGCUACGCUCAGAAUGGAGAUGGCGAAAUUGCGCUCGAGCUUUUCCAGUUCUUCACGAGAUUGGAUCAGUGCCAGCCAAAUUCAAGAACCGUGGUGGCUGCUCUAAAGGCCUGUGCGGAGCUCUCGGCGAAAGAACAGGGCCAGGUGAUUCAAGGCAAGGUUGUCAAGCUAGAGUCCAUGGAGAAGGGAUUUUCUCUCCACGCCGAGGCAGAAAGGAUGGGGUGUGGCUCGGAGCUUUUCGUGCAGAACAGCCUUGUGGAUAUGUACUGCAAGUGUGGAAGCAUGGAAGACGCUAGCCGGGUGUUUUGGAGGAUGAGAAGGCGUGACUUGGUCUCGUGGAACGCUCUCAUCCUGGGAUACGCACAGAACAGCAGCAGCGAGCGAGCAUUGGAACUCUUCGACCUCAUGCAAGUGAAAGAUGGCUUGAGACCUGAUGGAGCAACUUUCAUCGCUGCCUUGAAAGCCUGCGCAAACUUUCCAGCGAGAGAUCAAGCUCUUGGCCUGGAGAGGGGCGUGGCAAUCCACACUCAGAUGUCAGAGCUUGGCUGCGAGUGCCAGAUUUUGGUGGCAAACACGCUGGUGGACAUGUAUGCCAAGUGCGGGAGCUUGUCCAGCGCGAGGAGAGUUUUUGAGAAGAUGGAGAACCGUGACUUGGUUUCGUGGAACGCGAUGAUAUCAGGCUAUGCUCAGGCCGGAGAGGCGGAGCUGGCGCUCGAGCUCUUUCGGCGGAUGCUGGAGAACGGGUCUUUCGUUCCGGAUGGAGUGACUUUCAUGGCGGCUUUGAAAGCUUGCGGGAUCCUGGGAGCUCUCAAGACAGGGAAAGAGAUCCACGCGGAGAUCCGUGGUGGUGAUCACUUGGAGGAGCACAAGCAGCAGCUCGCGUCCUGUUUGAUCGAUUUCUACGGAAAGUGUGGAAGCAUGGUCGAUGCAAUGGAGGUUUUCCAAGCUAUGGAGACGAGGAACUCGGUGGCGUGGAACACAGUCAUGGCAGGAUUUGCAAAGCAAGGCAAUACUGCUCGAGUACUGGAGCUCUUCGAGAAGAUGGUGGAAGAAAGAAUCCGGCCCAGCGGCGUAACUUUCCUGUUGAUCCUCACGGCUUUCAGCCAUGCCGGCCUUGUAGACAAGGCGAGGGAGUUCUUCGAGCUCAUGAAAAAGUUUGGAAUCUCGCCGGGCCUGGAUCACUACACUUGCAUGGUGGAUCUCUUGGGACGAGCAAACCGCCUGGACGAUGCCUUGGAAACCAUAGAAAGCAUGCCUGUGGAGGCCGACAAGACGAUUUGGCUCGCGCUCUUGGCUGCCUGCCAGAAGUGGAGGAAUGUGAGAAUUGGAAGGGUGGCGUUUGAGGCCGUGAUGAGAUUGGAUGGCCGGGAGGGAGCAGCCUAUGUGUUCUUGGCCAACACUUACGCAGCUUCCAGCUUUCCAGACGAUGGAAGAAGAAAGAACACGCUGCUGGAGAACAGAUCUUGAGGGAACACCGUCAUACAAAGUUUGAUCUUUUGGAAUAGCCUGGGAGUGUGAACUUUAGAUAUAGAUCUUCUCCACUGCU